AUGCCUCCAUCAUCGACAUACAAACCCGCGCCCAAGCAGCGACGAGUGUUGGCCGAGCUCAGUGAGCGACAUCUGAACGCUCCUCUGCCUUUCACCAAGCGCGCACCCAUUACACUGGACCAGGAAAACAUCGAGGAGGUUCACGAAGGCCUAUACAAUGGCAUCUACGACAUCGACGAGAUUUUUGCGGUCACUAACGGUACUUGGCUUGGCUCUUCAGCUCAGAUAGCGCAGGCUCAGCGCUCACCAGAGGAGCAAUCGGACGAGGAGGACUUCCCUAGUCCUGUGGGUGACGGUCCGGCGAGUGACAUCGAGCUCCAAGACGAUGAUCAUGGCCAUGACAAUGACAAUGGUCUGGAGGGCGAGGCCUUCGAGGGCAUGCCGGGGCUUGAGGAAGACCACAAUGUCGACAACCACGCACAAGACCCAGACGGCGACGAGUUUGCGUACGAUGAGCACGGGGACCGCAUUGAACCUGACGAAGACCUCGAGGAAACCGAGCAACUCCAACACUCCAUGUUCGAUCCCUCCGCCAUCGGCCUUCGCGAGAUCAACAAUCUCGCCCACUUCGGCGUCUCCAGCCACAAACCCGGGAACGGCGUCGAGGAGCUUCUAGCCGAAGACCUCGACAAGUACUGGCAAUCCGACGGUCAACAACCGCACCUCUUAACCAUCCACUUCCUCCGCCGCGUCGAGAUCCGGGCCAUCCGCUUUUACGUUGACUAUAAUCAAGACGAAAGCUAUACACCCACGAACAUCGUAUGGCACGCCGGCACCGGCCACCACGACCUGAUCGAGUUCGCCGACGUCAAGCUCACCAACCCCGUCGGCUGGCAAGAUGUGCCCAUCGCCAACUGUGGCGGUGCCCCCGACGGCCACUCGCUCUGCUGCUGGAUUGUGCAGGCACACAUCAAGGAGAACCACCAGAAUGGAAAAGAUACCCACAUCCGCGGCAUCAAGAUCUUCGCUAUCGACGAGAACACGGUCGGCGGGGCGGUGGCUGCUGGUGGAGACGCGAUUCAUGAGAUGGGUGUUAGGAUUGAUGAGGCGGCGGAGAGGAUGCAGGUGGAGGGUUUAGUGGGCAAUGGGGCGGAGGAACAAGACGAUUACGACGAGGCCAGUUUGCUGGAGUUGUUGGCGCAUAUUGAUCGCGAGGCGGGGUCGGCUGAGGCUGGGUCGAGGAGCAGGUAUCGACCUGGUGAAGGGGGAUUUUCGGACUUUCCUGAUUUUAUGCGGGAUCCGGUUAUUCGCUAG